AUGUCGGAUCGAGCGCAGCAAAAGGCUCGUAGUGAGCUUUUUAUUAGGUCUAUUCCUGGAGAUGUGACGUCAGAAAUGCUCAAUGAGUUUUUUGCGGAUUUCGCACCAGUCAAGCACGCAGUUGUGGUCAGUGAUCCUAACACUGGACAGUCCAAAGGCUUUGGUUUUGUUAGCUUUCCCAGCCCCGAGGACGCAGAGACAUCUAUCAACCAAGCUCGUAGAAAGCGAAUCAGCGGUAAAAUUCUCCAAAUUGAGUAUGCCCGACCCCGUGAUCGUAAUAAUGAGUCCAAACCCACCCCGGCACCUGAACAAGAUACUGAGCGUAGACGGCCCCGUUUGAUUAUUCGUAAUGUUCCGUGGAGUUUGAGAGAUCCCAAAGAGCUGGAAAAGAUUUUCGGUAAAUUCGGAAAGGUCACUGAAGCGUUUAUUCCUCGGGGACCUAACAACCGUAUGUCCGGAUUUGCGUUUGUUACUAUGAGGCGCAAGGCCAAUGCCAAAUUAGCCAUUGAAGGUUGCAAAGAUCUGAAGAUUCACGACCGUCCAGUUGCUGUUGAUUGGGCUGUUACCAAGGAGAAAUGGUUGGCAGGUAGUAAGGAAGAAGCUGCAAGCGAAGACGAGGAGGAAGAGGAAGAAGAGGACGAAGGUGCAGAUGAGGCCGAGGAAAUAUACGACGAAGAAAUUGAAAACGAAGACGAUUUUGAGAAUGGAGAGGACGAGAUUGAACUUGAAGAUGGUGAUAGCGAUGCUGACCUUGACGAGGAGGACGCUGCGGAUGAGGACGAAGAAAAGGACGAGAAACCUAAACAAAGAGGUUUGAGUGAUAACCAAACCAUUUUUGUUCGUAAUGUGCCUUAUGAUGCUACUGCAGAGACUUUAAAGGAGCAUUUCGAGCAGUUUGGAGCGGUAGCCUAUGCUCUCCCCGUUAUGGACAAGCAGCUCAACCAGCCUCGUGGUGUUGCCUUUGUAGCGUUCCGAAGUGCCUCAGAUGCUCAAAAGUGUGUCGAUAGUGCGCCAAAUGUUACAACCUCUUCGCUGUUAAUUCCAGACGAUGUCGAUUCCCGUUACGUUUACGAGGGUCGCAUUCUUGGUGUUACACAAGCAGUUAGCAAAGAGCGAGCGGAUGUCCUGGCCGAGCGUGGUGCCAAAGAACGUCUUGAUGUUCUUGGUAAAGCACCCUCCAAAAAAGAUAAGCGUAACUUGUUUUUGUUGAAUGAAGGACGUGUCACUAGUGAGUCUAAGCUAGCACAAGUUCUCACUCCUGCUGAUCUUCAAAUCCGCGACAAGUCCUUCCAGUUGCGUAAACAACAGCUCAACAAAAACCCGUCGUUACAUUUGAGUAUGACCCGUCUUGCUGUCCGAAACAUCCCCCGAAGCAUGACAGAAAAGGCACUGAAAGCGCUCGGUCGCAAAGCCGUGGUUGAGUUUGCCAAGGAGGUUGCCGAUAAAAAGAGACAGCCGUUGUCCAAAGAAGAGGUAAUGCGAUCUAUUCAGUUCCAAGAGUCUUUGGGUGAAUACGGCAAGAGUAAACAUGGUGUGGUAAAGCAAGCUAAGAUCAUCCAAGAAAUCAAAGGGUCUGGUGAAAUUGGCCGCAGCCGUGGUUACGGAUUUUUAGAAAUGCGCAACCACAAAGCUGCUUUGAUGGCGUUACGCUACUUGAAUGCCUAUCUUGUGACUAAAGCGGACUUGGCAGCUGAUCCGGAUGCACCCAAAGCUGCAGCAGAGUCUGGAGACUCCAAGCGCCGGCUCGUUGUGGAGUUUGCCGUUGAGAAUGCACAGGUGCUCAAACGGUUGCGAGACCGUCAGUUGAAAGCUAAAGAUACUGGCAGAAAGCGCAAGGCAGAGGAAGAGGCAGAACAAUUACGAGCGGCUGCCGAAGCUGAAGAAGCCGCCAAACACCCUGCUGGCAACCCAUCAAUUGGCCGCAAGCGUCGUGCAAAGGCCCGUAAGUGA